AUGACUGCAGAAGAAUUCGCCUCUCAGCGUCUGGGAACGCUAGUCAGUUUAAGUGAACAACAGCUGGUAGAUUGCGAGUACGUCGACAACGGUUGUCACGGAGGUCUUACCAGUGAUGCUUUGACUUGGGUUAUUAAAAACGGUGGUUCUGCUGUCGCCACGUUUUCGACCUUCAUUGCAACACCGCGCUAUAAUGAGGACUAUCUGAAAACAGCUGUAGCGUCAGUUGGUCCUAUUUCGAUCGCAAUUGACGCCAGUGGCCAUGCUUUCCAGCUCUACAGGCGAGGAAUAUAUAACCCAACCAGCUGUAAUCAGUAUUUAUUGAAUCACGGAGUGCUGAUUGCAGAUGGCUAUGGAUCUGAAGACGGAACUGAUUACUGGUUGGUGAAGAACAGCUGGGGGGCUAAUUGGGGAGAGGCGGGAUAUAUCAAGAUGAUCCGAAAUGAAAACAACAAAUGCGGAAUUGCAAGUCAGGCAGUGUACCCAUUGGUGUAG